AUGCGAGUUAGGUCGCAGUCUCCUCCGCCGCGGCAGCUGCCCUCGCAGUCCAUGGCAGCAUUCGCGCACUCCAUGGCCGUGCCCGCGGGAGGCGGGCCGGUGGGAACAGAGUUCCCAAGAAGCCCGCCGACGGUGUUGCCAUUGCACAUCCAGGACGGGCGGUGGGCCAGCGGCGGGUUCCCAGCGGAGGCGGGCCGUGGAAGCCACGGGGCCCACAGCGUCUCCGUCCAGAUGCUGCAGAGCCGGAGGCCAGCGUCGCCGCCUCCAGGCCAGAUGCACGCCGGCCGGCGGCUGCAGCCCGUGACGCCGCCCGCGGGCCACCCGGCGGGAUGCUUGCCCGGCGGCCCGCCACCGGCAGCAGGCGGCCCGCCGUCGCCCUCGACGGUGCAGGCCUACCAGCAGACCAUGUUGCAGGGUUCACAGGUGUCGCCGCAGCAUCCUGUCAUGCCACUGCCUGGCAACAUGGUGCCGCCUGUGGUGCUGCCCCCACCUGCGCCUGCCACCUGCGCAGUGCAGUGCAACACGCCUGGGGUGCCCACCGCCAUCGCGUUCGUCGGCAGGCGGUGCACCAGGCGUCCCCGCGGAGCAGGCAGUGCCCCAGUGCGCCCUGCAUGGCCGGCGGGCCGCCCGCCCCAUACGCCCGAAUGGGCGGUGGCCAGCCCGCGAUGCACCAGGGCCCAGCACGGCAGCAGCAGCUGCCCGGGGGCUUCGGGCCGCCGCUGCUGGGCCGCGGCGGCUUCGCUUUCUGACAAGGUCGGGAUGCGCACCGCGACCGGGAAUCGACAACGCUCUUGA